AUGUCAGGAAGUAUGUCCCAUCACUCUCAUCAAGAACGUCGUCACUUGCAGGUCGAUAGAUUCAUCGAUGGUGUUGCUGAUAGCAUCGCCGGUGUAUUUCGAACACCCGUCGCGGCCUGGGACCUGGGCCAGUGGUUUGUUGCCUUGACCUUGGUUGUCUUGACACUUUCGUGUUGUGGUUGUGGACGCAGGCGCAUUCGUCGCAGAUAUUACUACGGACGAAGUUCAAAUCAACCCGGUGUGAUCGCCAACGGCGGCAACUACAGUCGCUAUGAGGACACCACUGCAACAAGAGGAGGUCGCGAUACAUCAUUUCUGCACAGGCUUCUCUUGUGCGUGUGUUGCUUUGAAUGGUGCUGCCGAGACUGUCAAGAUGUUCCAUGUAUUGGCGGCCCCUCUCUAGUCGAAGCAUUUGUGUGA